UUGAAACUUCACAGUUCCCAAAUAAUUUUGAAAUCUUUUCAGUGGUUUUGUGUGCCUCAACUUUCUCCCAGCGUUGAGAGCCUGAAGUUAGAGGGCACAGAUAAGUGGGGAGAGAUUUAAAAGAGACCCGAGAGGUAACAUCUUCACACAGUGGCUAGUGAAGUACCUGCAUUAAGCUGCCAGAGGCAGUGAUCAAGGUGGGUAAAACUGCAACUUUUAAGAGGCGUGUGGAGGGGAGAGGCUUGGAGGGUUGUGGAUCAAAAACAGUCAAAGCAAGGAGAAUGCUGUGGUUGCCAUGGACCAGUUUGGCCAAAGGAGCUUUUUUUCCAUGUUGUAUGACGUUGGCACGUUCCAAGCUGCAGGUGUGUGUGCUCAGGGACACACUGAAUCUUGUUGCAACCAACACAAAAGCCUAGUGGAGGACUGCAGUCCCAGGCCCUGCUGCCAAUGGACUCUGUUCAGUCCCGUGUAACAGCCUCUCAAACACUUGUUGGGCUACCGUUCGAAGAGGCCACAGGAGUUAAAUCGAAGAGGGCAUAGGUUGAGUGAAAGGGGAAAGUUUAAAAGCAAGUUUACAAAGCAAGUUGUUUUACACAACAGAGAGUGGUGACUGCCUGGUACACAACGUCAGGGGAGGUGUUGGAACCAGAUACGAUGGUAACACAGAUGAAGAAUUUACAGACAAGUCAAAUCAAAUUGUCAUAUAUACAAGUAUGAAGAAGUACAGAUACAAUGAAAUACUUGCAGCAGCGUUACACCCACAUAAGAUUCAGACAAUAGAACACAGAACAUAAGUUAUACAUAUACACCACACACUAUCAGGCAGGGAAUGGAAAAAUAUUAGAGACCAUGUGCAGGUACGUGGGAUUAGUUAAAAUUAGCAUCCUGGCCAGCACAGACACUGUGGGCCGAAGGGUCUGUUGCUAUUCGGUACUGUUCUGUGAUCUAUGAGUGGUAUUGGUGCUUUGUAUAUAGAAUAUAUCAACAUGACAGCAUUAUGAAUGUAUAAACUGGAAGAUCCACGAAUGCGGAGCAAAUCGGGUAUUGCUGCGUACUUUCUGCACUUAGUUUAUGUGAAUAAAGUUUAGACGUUUAGAAUAGAGUUUAAAGUUAAAGGCAGGGUGCCUUUAAGGUAUUGCGAAGUGCACGCAUCAGAUUUGGAGCAAUAGUUGUAGAGGGCGUGAACACAAAACUACUAAGCAAUCCGCCAGUGUGCUGGGCAGGACAUGUGCGCUGGAGGUGAGCUCCUGAAUUGAAGUCUUGUGGCAGUGAAGUCUGAUAGCAGGAUGUUGCAGACUCUGAGUGACUGGUUUUGGUGGGAUGACCUGUGGCUUCCCCGAAAUCUGACCUGGGAUGAUCUCCAGGAUAGAGAUGGCUUUGUUUAUGCGAAAGUCUCUCAUUUGUAUGUCACCGUCCUCUAUGCUCUACUACUUAUGGUGGUUCGGUACUUCUUUGAAAGGCUCAUAGCCACGCCACUUGGAAAAUUUAUGGGGAUUAAAGACCAUGCCCGGUUAAAGGCCAGCUAUAAUCCUGUUUUAGAACAUUUCUUUGUCUCAAUUUCAAAGCAUCCGAAUAAGUCACAGUUAGAAGGCUUGUCAAAGAAAAGCAGCUACUCUAUACGGAUGGUAGAGAGAUGGUUUCGAAGGAGACGAAAUCAAGACAGACCAAGCUUAAUGAAGAAAUUUCGAGAAGCUUGCUGGCGUUGUACAUUUUAUCUCCUAGCGUUUAUCGGAGGGAUUGCUGUCCUCAUUGAUAAACCAUGGUUUUAUGAUACGUGGGAAGUCUGGGUGGGAUAUCCUAAACAGACAUUGUUACCUUCCCAGUAUUGGUACUAUAUCAUUGAACUGAGUUUCUAUUGGUCACUCUUGUUUAGUAUUGCAUCGGAUGUGAAAAGAAAGGAUUUUAAAGAACAAAUAAUUCAUCAUUUAGCAACUAUCAUCCUGCUGAGUUUCUCCUGGUGUGCAAACUACAUCCGUGUGGGAACGCUUGUCAUGGCAGUGCACGACUCGUCUGACAUCCUGUUGGAGUCGGCCAAGAUGCUCCAUUAUGCUGGGUGGAAAUCGGUCUGCAACUCCCUCUUCGUGGUGUUUGCUGCUGUUUUUAUAAUUACCAGGCUUGUCAUCUUCCCCUUCUGGAUCAUCCACUGUACCUGGGUCUAUCCGAUUUACCACUACCCUGCAUUCUUUGGAUAUUAUUUCUUCAAUGUCAUGCUGGUUGUCCUUCAGUUGCUUCACAUUUUCUGGGCUUACCUCAUCCUACGGAUGCUCGCAAAGUUUCUCUACAGCAAGCUGGAUGGGGACGAUCGCAGUGAUAAGGAGGAGUGUGAAGACAGCGAUGAAGACGAGGGCAUGAAGAAUGGUACCGGUGUCAGGGGCAGUCUGUCAGUUAACAGCCACCAUGCUCACUGAGGCUGGGAAGGCUCAGCUCUGGCCCGAUGGUGUGGACUUGUUCAAUGCUGGGAGUGGUACCUCUGGAGCAGACUGUCGUGAUGAGUCUCACACUGUCAAUGGACCUGAGGAAAAUCAGGCCUCCUGUCGAUGUUUGAGGACCACCAGCCUCACUGCAUGAGAAGAUACUCUGUAUGGAAAAUCUACAAGUAUUGAUUUUUAAUACCAUUGCCAGAAUCCACUAGAACCUAUCUGUUACCAAUUGAUAGAGAGCCUGGCUCACAAGAGUUGAAUUCAUUCAUAAAAUUGGCCCCUCUAUCCAAUUUAUUUCUGAAAUAGUCAUAAGGCAUAGAAACAAGACCUGCAGCUCUCUGGAUCUAUGCAGAUCAUCAAUCACCCAAUUACACUAAACCUACCGAAAUUCUGUUUUAUAUUGCCUACAUUCCCAUCAACUUUCACCCCUGGAUUCACUAACAUUGUGCUCAUUAGAUGCUCAGGACAAUAUUCCAGAGUAAUUGAUGUCAUGUUCUUUUGCCCAGAGAUCAGUGAGUCCUUUUGAGACCACAGCCUCAAGCUUCUAACCUACCAAUGUAAGGUAAUGCAUUUACCAGCCUUUCAAAGUGUUUAGUCCUUUUGGGUUCUAAAUCAUUCAUUGCACCACUUUUGUUCCCUCAAUAGUCACCCCUCGUCCAGUCUCAGCUUCUCAUCGUGACCGUGAGCCCAUCCAUUUCCAUCCACUCAUUGUGGUGUUAGAAAUGGUCUUGUGCAAUAUUUAUGCUGACAUUUCAAAUAGGAGCUGAAUCUGAGACAAAUGACCAUUCCAAAUUGAAAAAUAUUAAAUACUUCUUGCCUCGUUGGGUAGCAUUUCUGAUUUAAUUCUUGCAUUUAUGUAGCACCUUUUACAACCUCAGGGCAUCCCAAAAAGUAUUACAGUCAAUGACAUACUUUUAAAAUGUGCUUGCUAUUGUAACCUGGGGAAGAAUGCACAGGAAUCUGUGCUUGGCAAGAUCCCAUCAAAUUGUAAUUUAGUGAUGGUGAGCCUUUCUGUACUUGUUGAUUGAAUUGAAAGGGGUUCAUAAUAAGAUAGUAUAACUCAGAUAAAUCCUUAGGAAAUUAGAAUUUGCUUCAUUAAGCCAAUGAACAUGUAAUUUUAAACCUCUUAAGGGUGAUGUUAAUUUGCGAUUUAAAGCUCAUUUAGAUACUUCUGAUUGUUAUAGCAUUUACUAUCUUUCUAAAUUAUUUCUCUGACUAUAGACAGUCUUAAGAAAAGGAAAUGUGGGAGGAGGAAAACAUUCAGCUCUUCAUCCCUGUGCUACCAUUCAAUUAGAUCAUGGCUAAUCUUUUACCUCAGUGACACCUUUCUCUACGAAGUCCAGGUCCUUUGAUUUCCUUAAUAUACAUAAAUCUACUGAUCUUUUUGUUUUCUUGAGUAUACUCUGCAACUGAACCUCCACAGCUGCCCAAGAAGAUUUCUAAAUGUUUAGGUGAAGAUAUUCUCACCUCCGUCCUAAAUGUUUGAACUCUUAGGACUGUAAUCCCAGCUUCAGCAUUCCCUGGUUGAGUGAAACAUCAUCACUGCUACCAAUUACAUAUGUUUUAAUGAGAUCACCUCUCAUUCUUCUAAACUCGAGAUUAGGGGCUUAUUCUAGUUAAUUCUUUCCUCACCACAAUUCUAAGGAAUUUAUCAGAUUGGCCUUUGUUUCACUUCUUGUAUUACCUUCAACAGAAAGGUCAAAAUUUCACACAUGGUAUCACCAUGAACCAAUAUAAUUGCAUCGAAAUGUUUUUUUUCUUGUUCCCAAAUCCUCUUGCAAUAAAGGCCAUAGGUUGUUUGCCUUGAUACCUGCUGGAUCUGCAUGAUAAUUUUCAACAAUUCAUGUUCCAGGACACCCAGGUCCUUCUGAACAGCAGCACCUUGUAAAUACUCACUGCAGAAAGAAUAGCCUGCCUUUCUAUUUUAUGCCUAGUGGAUGAUCUCAUUUUUCCCCACAUAUUCCAUCUGUUAUGUCUUCAUCUCCUCACUUAACUGAUCUAUAUCCUCUGAUGUCCUUCUGCCAAUCCACACUGCUGCCAAGCCUUAAUAUCAUGGCAGACUUGGAUAUGUUACACCUGGUCCCUUCAAGUUGAUCAUAGCUGCAGAUUGUGAAGAACCAGAAACCCAGCUCCCUGUGGGACACCACGAAGCACGGCCUCCCAAUUCAAAAAUGGCACAUUUCUUCCUACUCUCUGUGCAUUAACCAAUCCCCAACCCAAGUCAGUUUCUUCCCACGAUCCCAUAAUGCAUCAAUUUUGUUUAGUAAUCUUUUGUUGGGUGCAGUAUAUUCUGAAAAACCAGUAAACCAUGUGCAUUAAUUUCCCUUUUCUAUUCUGCUAGCCACUGCUUCAUAAAACUGCCCCCAUCCAAGCUGCAUAUCUUUCCCCUCCCCAUAAUGAAAAGCCCUCAGUUAUGCUAAAACUCAGUCAGCCUGCUCGUCUUUCCCCGCAUUCUGUUUCUGUCCACACAGAUCACAUAAAUGUCAUAUCAAUCUGAGCUGUGCAAGCUCCUCCAACAUUACCCUUCUGAAUCAUCACGUCUGCCUUGCUUGUCUUCCUGUGUCUCGACUAAUUAUGUAAACCCAAUCUGAAGAGUGUGACUGCCUCCUGGGACAAAGUGCCCACUCUGAUGUAGUAUAGUUCCCAAAUCUCAGACUAGCACAUCAACUCUGAGCCAAAAUUUAUCAAGAUAUUGAACAGCUUGGCAUCACGUUCCUUUCCAUCAUCUUCCAACAGCAGCCUCAAUGUAUCACCUGCUGUGUUGUACUGUAUAAAUUUAAUUAUAUAAGUUAUGCCAUUGCCUUUAGCUUGUUGAAGUCUCUCUUUCAUCAGAAUCAGCUGUGGACUCUACUAAAUCAAUGUUUUUUUAAAAAAAUUUAGGAAAUCCCAAAAAAUUAGAUUCUUGUGCAUAAUUUUAAAUGUGAACCCUGCAAUCCCUUGCAUUCAUUGUUCUUCCAACACAUCCAUUAAAGACAUUGAUUUCCAUUCCUAGCACAGCUUAGGAUGUAAGGUGCCAGGCUUGAGGUGAAGCUCAGAAUAACCCCCCCCCCCCCCCCGAGGGAAUAGGAAAGAAAAUAUAAUUCACAGAGAGACACGUUAUAUAGAAGUAGAGUGUUAACUGAUUCCCAGUAGUUUAGCUGCUCAGUGUGUAGUGACUGGAGCUGUUGAUGAUCAGACAUUACAACAAUACCUUUGAUAUCUGGUGCUCUGUGGCAAUGUGAAAUUCCGUCACAUUUUAUUGCUUUGAGCAAACCCAUUGUAUUUAUGCUUGUGUUUUUCCUGUCUUCACAUCUGCUCCCUGUUUUGUGCUGCAUCAGCCAGUAGUAACGACACCUGCAGCCUGGAGCUGGAAGACCCUGUAUCUCCAGAUCCUGCCCUCCCAAAACCCAGAGCAACUAGUACUGUAUUUUUAUUGUUUUUCAAACCUGAAACAGUUGGCUACAAUGAAACUCUGAGCAGGUUUCAAUCAGAAUAAUCCAGACAGACAGUAACUAUGUAAAUUCUCACAGGAAUGGACAUUGAUCUGAAAUGCUGACCUUAGUUUUCAGUUCAUUGAUGUUUUUUGAUCUG